AUGGUCAGCCUCCUGUACGUGGUGCUGCACUCCCUCCUGAGCUGCCUCAUCCUCCCGGCCAACCUGCUGGUGAUCAUGGCCGUCUACCAGCUGAUGAGGAAGCACCCAGGCACCAGCUAUGUCUACAUCCUCAACCUGGCCACCGCCAACCUACUGGUGGGCGUGAUGUGCAAUGCUGAGGUGCUGGAUGACAUCCUUGACAGGGAUUUUGACCGCAGCAAAUCCUUCUGCCUCCUGCAUGUCACUAUGAGCAUGACACCUUGCGCUGGCUCCAUCCUGACCCUGCUCCUGAUCUCCCUGGACAGUUACCUGGUGGUGAUGCUGCUGCUCUCCUACCCCACCCUCCUGAAGAAAAUGCCCAGCGAGUACCUCUAUGCGAUCUGCUUCGGCAUCUUUGCUCCGUCCCUGCGGGUGCUGGUGUGCCUGCACGUCUCAGUGAGCAGCAUCACCUAUGUGCAGCACACGUGGCUCCGGCACGCCUGCACCCAGACGGCGCCUCUCUGCGCCCACCCGUGCCACUUCAAGGCGUUGCGGACCAUGCUCAUCAUCUUCGUCAGCUUCAGCCUCUCCUGGAGCCCCUACCUGGUGGAGGGCACCAUGCAAGCCGCCUGCAGCUCCUGCAACCUGGCCAAGGACACCUUAUAA